CAAAUUUCAGUGUUUGCCGAACAAUUGCGAAGUUAAUCAAAAUUCAAUUAAAAUCAAUAAAUUAAGAAAUUUGAUUAAAAAUUUGUUACAUUUUAUUUCAUUACGUUAUUUUGUACACCUUAUUUCCCAAUUGAGAUAUAAAUAUUUUGAAUGUAACGAAAAAAAAAAGAAUAGGAACAACGGUUAUUAAUAAGGCGGGUGUUUCCCAAUUGCAUCUAGCGUUGAUAAAAAUGUUUAGGAUAAAAGUGGAAAUUUUUUUGAGUGGCGACUAUUUUUGACACUCAUUUUAUCAUCGCAAAUACGUGGUGAUUAAUAAUGUCAUCCGUAUAUAAUUGAAUGGAAUUUGUGAAUUUAAAAAGUGUAAAAUUGAACAUAUGAUCACAUUAGGUGGUCACGAUGAACAUGGUAAACAACGUAUUUGAUUUUAUUCGUAAUAUUUUUACCUGGGCUGAUCGUAACGAAAGAAAACGUACGGCAAAUGAUGCAUUAACAUAUGAACCAGAAAUAAUUGGCAAUAAACGAUUUCGUUAUGGUGAUACAUUAUUUGGCAAUGAAUUAUUUUUAAAUGUUCAACACAAUGAAAAUAAUGAGAAUAUCGAUGAUAAUGAUGAUAUGGAAAUUAUUGCUGAAUUUCAUUCAAGUCCAUUAAUAAAAUCAUCAUCAUCAUCAAGCCAAAUGAAUAAUCGAAGAAAUAAACGUCGUUCGCUACCAGCAACAAAAGCAAAUUCUUAUCGUAAUCAACAAUCGUAUCAUUAUUUAAAUAAUAAUAAUAGUAAUUCUGAAAUGGGUUGCAGUCGUGGUAGGGAACAACCUUCAUCAUCUUCAUCUUCAUCUGAUCCACAUAAUUCAACAUUGGUUAGAACACAUCGUCUACAGGAGAAACGACAGUAUGGUGAGCUGUUGCAGAAUUUUGUUCCUCAACGAAGGGAUAUAUUGCGUGGUGAAGAUGAAAAAAAUCAUAUUUCUUCUAUUGAAGUAAUUGAACUCGAUAAAAGUGAUGAGUCACAAACAUCACAAAAAUCCAUUCCAAUUCAACAAAAGAGGCAAAUUUAUACACCAUGGCGUUGUGAUAGAGGUAGAAAUUAUUCUGGUAGUAGAAAUAAUUUCAAACAAACAAUAUCGAGAAUUCAAAUUGAAAAAGAAGAACCAGUUAAGCCAAUUUUCACAAUUGGUAAAAAUAAAAAUCCAGAAAAUGAAAUGCCCCUGAAAGUGUUACAAACAAAUACAUUGCGCGAUGCAUUAGCAUCAAAAUUGGUGUUAAAAAAAGAUUUAGUGCCACAAAUUGCAAAACGUCAUGAUGAAAGAAUAAAACAACAAUUACGUGAAGCUGAAGAAUUAAAACGUCGUGCAAAUCUUUUAUCGGACGCAAAUCGUAUGACACGUGAAUUAUCACUUGAGGAACAAUUGGCGCGUACAUUAAAAUUAUGUAAAGAAGUUAUUGAUGAUCGUGAAAUACCCGAUGAUGAACCAUUACCAAUACUCACUGAUGUUAUGUUACGCGAUGUUCAAAAUGCACUUUCAUCACGUUCAUCAAAUGAUAUUCUUGCCGAAGGUUUUGGUUUAAGAAUAACACGUAAAGAUAUACAAACAUUAUCAGGUUUAAAUUGGUUAAAUGAUGAAGUGAUUAAUUUUUAUAUGAAUUUACUUAUUGAACGUGGUGAGAAAAAUGAAAAAUUUCCCAAUGUACAUGCAAUGAAUACAUUUUUUUAUCCAAAAUUAUUAUCAAGCGGUCAUUCAUCAUUAAAAAGAUGGACAAGAAAAGUUGAUAUUUUCGCUAAGGAUAUUGUUGUUGUGCCAAUUCAUCUUGGUAUUCAUUGGUGUAUGUCAAUUAUUGAUUUUAGGGACAAAACAAUUAAAUAUUUUGACAGUAUGGGAAGUGCAAAUCCCAAAUGUCUUGUUGCAUUACGUAAAUAUUUAGAGGAUGAAAGUCUUGAUAAAAAGAAAAAAUCAUACGAUACAAGUGAUUGGAAACUUGAUAGUGUCAAAGACAUUCCACAACAAAUGAACGGUAGUGAUUGUGGUGUAUUUUCAUGUAUGUUCGCUGAAUUUAUUUGCGCAAAAAGAAAUAUUACAUUUACACAACAGGAUAUGCCCUAUUUUAGAAAUAAAAUGGUUUAUGAAAUUCUCAAGGGUAAACUCAUGUAAAAAUCAAGGAAAGUGAGUAAAAAAUUGUCUAAAUAAUUUCUAUUUGAAAUUUAAAAAAAAAAAUAUUUCUUCGUUUUUUUUAAAGAGAUCAAGACAAAGUUUUCUUUGUUAUAACGAUUUCUAUAAACUUGGUAUUUAAAAACUCGAUUUUCUUUUUCUUUUUUUAGAAUUAAAUUUAGUCUUUUAAUACUUGUCUUCGAAUUACAUUUUUUUGGCUUCUAUUUAUUCAAAAAUGACAUGCUCACAUAUAAUUUUUACUUCGAAUUUUUUUGUUUGUAAAUAAUUUACUUUUUUAUUUAAAAAUCCUGAUAAAUUUAAAAAUGAAAAUACAAAAAAAAAAAAAAUUAAAAUAAUAAUUUCAAAAGAAAAAGUUAGAUAAUAACGAAUAAAAAUAAAUUGACGACGAACUGCUUCCAUCUUAAUUAAAAUAAUAAUAAUAAUAAUAAAUUUAUCAAAUGAAUUUUCAAAUGAAUAAAAAGAAACUAAUUUUGUGAAAAAUAAUAACUGGAUAAUAUUUUUCAUUUCUUUAUUUAUACAAUUAUUUUUAUUAUAAUAUAUAUUUAUAUAUACGUUUGUGUGUAUAUGUGUUUGUGUUUUUUUCUUUUUUUUUUUUAAUGGUAAUGUUGCAUUAUAGAAAUUAUGUUUGACACAAUUUUGGCGGAUAAAUUGGCUACGUUAAGGUUUCAAUCCCUUUACGAUUCGCGCGCAACAAUCUUGUGACUAUCAUUCACCACACUCUCUACUUUUUUUUCAAUUAAAAUAAACGGGAGAGCCUCUAUGCUUAAAUAAUAAUUUUUUUUUUUUAUAACCGCAGAUCUAAUACACUCUUUUUUAAUUAGCGAAGAACAAAUUUGUAAAUGAUUGAACAAAAAAAAAAAUUAAAAUCUUUAACAAAUUUAUAAACAAUAAAAAUAUUUACAUUCAUAAUUCGUGAGACAUUGUUUAUUAAUUUAACAGUUAUGAAUUUUAUUUUCAAACAAAAAUGUAAUAUUUUAAUAUCUAUUUAAAUUGAAAAAAAAAAUUUAAUUAAUUAUUAUUAAUUUAAUUAAUUUUAAAAAUUAUUUUUUUUAAAACAUUUUCAAUUAUAGAUUAUAUAUUAAUAAAUGGUAUUUUAAAAGUGCAUUUAUUUAAAUUUUUUUUUGUUUAAAAUAAAAAUUUUAAUUUUAACUGUCGGAAGACGAUUUUAAAAUUAAAAGCAAGACUCGAUUCUUUAAAGCAGAUCCUUUUUUUUUUUGGGGGGGAAAAAUUAUGGCACCAGCGUACGAAUUUGGUCUUGCUUUAUUUUUAUUGAAAAGAAAAAAAUUUGUUCUUCAUGAGUGCCGCUUAAUUCUAUAAAAGAAUGCGACAAAUUGCGAAAUAAUUUUUUUUUUCAAAAAGUUAGUGAUUGAAACAUUAAAUCACUGGACGUUUCAAGUUUUCGAAUUUGAUUCGCUAUUUUAGAAGCAUUCUUUUGAAACAUUACCCGAAGAAAGUAUAAUAUGUUGAGUAAAGUCGGAAACAGUUUUUUUUUUUUUUUACGACAUAAACAAAAUUUCAUGUAGAUUUUUUUUUUCCCCCUCAACAGACGCACAGUCACACUUAGUGUCAUUGAGCUGCUCUUAAUUACAUCUAAUUAAUUUGUCACCUGUUACAUUAUUAUUAUUAUUAUUAUUAUUAUUAAUAUUAUUAUUAAUAUUAUUUAUUAUUAUUACAAUAAUUAACAAAAUUCUCCUAUUAAGUAUGAGCUCUUUAUGGCAUUUAAUAAAAUCUACCAUGAGAAAGCACGAGCAGCUUUUUUUAAAUAAUUUUUUUCAUUUUUUUUUUUAAAUUUCUUAAUUUUAAAAGUUUGGACGUGCUAGGAGCGCUGCUCGUGCCGCUUCGUGUACAAAGCACAAAAGGAGAAACACGCCUUUUUUAAUUAAAAAAAAAAAUCAUUUAUCACUCAAAACCGAUAGGACAGGAAUUUUUUUUUUCUUUUAAAUUGACAAAUUUUUCUUUUUUUAAUUUUUAAACUAAUUAAUACUUUUCUUAAUUAAUUUUGCACUCUAAGUGUUAAAUUUGGUAAUUUUGACUAGUCGAAAUUUACAAAAAAAAAAAAAAUAUGGAAAUUAAUUUUUUCCAUAGAGUAAUUGAAAAAAGAAAAAAAAAUCAAAAUAACUUAAAUACUAAAUUUAAUAGUAUAGCAAAAUAAUUUUAACAGAUAAAAUAAAAAUCUUAUAAAUUAAUGUCAUUUAUCGUUAAAAAUUAAAAUCCCUUAUUUUGAUUAUUAAUAAAAAUUAAAAAUUCUUUGGGACCAUAAAUUAAGAAUUCGUUUCUUCACAACGAAAAAGAAUAAUUAAAAUAUCGGAUUUGAGUGUUUAGACGAUUACAAUUGUAAAAUUUACAAUUUCCAAUUAAAAAAAAAAAAAAAAAAAAAAAAUCGCAGAUCUUUUAACGAAUACUGUUUUAUGUACAAAUAUAACAAUAAUUUAAAUUAAAUAACGUUCACGAACGUGUAAAUAUAUACAGAGUUUUUUUUUUUUUUCAACUUAUCACGGAAGUAAAAUUUUUUUUUUUUUUUUUUU